CAUUUCACCGCUCCCAUCCCGACACCACCAUUUCUCCUUUGCAGGAAGACGAUCAGCCAUACUCGUCUGAUUGCAAUCCGUCAAGCUGUCGUUCACUCGACCAGCAGCUCGCCGCUUCAAUUCACUCGCACCCAUUCUCCACAAAGCAGCAGGUUCUGCGUUUCAUCUGCAACUUGUCCCUAACGCACGACCCGUGACGUGUGCUUGCUUUGGCACUGCAACUCGAAGCUACGGAACCAAAGGCCCAAAAAGGAUGCCUCCCAAGAAGGAAGUGAAGCAGGAGAAGAUUCCCCUGGGCCGCCCGGGCAACAACUUGAAGAGUGGGAUUGUCGGUCUUGCCAAUGUCGGAAAGUCCACCUUCUUCCAAGCCUUGACCAAGUGCUCGCUGGGCAACCCGGCAAAUUUCCCAUAUGCCACCAUUGACCCGGAAGAGGCUCGAGUCAUUGUGCCCGAUGAUCGAUUCGACUGGCUCGUUCAGCAAUACAAGCCGAAAUCAGAAGUUCCGGCCAAUCUCACCGUCUAUGAUAUCGCUGGUCUAACCCGGGGCGCGUCGACCGGAGCUGGUCUCGGCAAUGCCUUCUUGUCCCACAUUCGAGCGGUCGAUGCUGUGUUCCAAGUCGUGCGGUGCUUCGACGAUGCCGAGAUUAUCCAUGUAGAAGGCGAUGUGGAUCCCGUGCGGGAUCUCGACAUCAUCAGCGAAGAGUUGCGCAUCAAGGAUAUUGAAUUCGUGGAGAAGGCCCACGAGAACCUGCUCAAGCAGACGAGAAGAGGAGGGCAGUCGCUGGAGAUGAAGAAGCUCAAGGAGGAGCAAGCGACUGUGGAGAAGAUCUUGGAAAUGCUGAAGGAUGGCAAGGAUGUGCGGAAAGGCGACUGGGUGCCGAAAGAGGUCGAAGUCAUCAACCCACUUCUCCUCCUUACCGCCAAGCCGGUGGUAUUUCUCGUGAAUCUGAGCGAGAAGGACUACAUUCGGCAAAAGAACAAGCACCUUCCCAAAAUCGCCGAGUGGGUGAAGGAGCACGCGACCGGCGAUCCUAUCAUCCCGAUCUCUGUUUCAUUCGAAGACCGCCUUACACGUUUCGACAGUGAGGCAGAAGCAGAGGAGGAAUGCAAGAAACUCGGCACCAAAUCUGCCCUGCCCAAGAUUGUCACUACGAUGCGCAAGGCGCUCCAGCUCGGCUCCUUCUUCACCACCGGCACCGACGAGGUCAGACAGUGGACGAUACGGACUGGAACCAAGGCGCCUCAGGCGGCCGGUGUGAUUCAUGGAGACUUUGAGAAGACGUUCAUCCAAGCCAUUGUCUACAAUUACAGUGUAUUGAAGGAGGAGGGCGAUGAAGCAACGGUCAAGGCCAAGGGCAAAGUGCUGACAAAGGGGAAGGAAUAUGUGGUGGAGGAUGGCGAUAUUCUGUUGAUCAAAGCCGGAGCGGCAAAAGCAUGAAUGCAAUGAGCAAGUCGUUCAUUAGCGAGACGUAUUUCAGGUUGACAUGAAGAACACCCUUUUGUGCUGCCG